AUGGCAACUGUUGGAGCAAACCAGAGAAUCCCCACAUCAUCACCUCCGCUUUCAUCCGACGAUCAACCCUGUGAACCAAAAGCACCUCAUGAAAAGCAGUUCACGUUAAACUUUUACUGUCCUUUCAGCAUUCCUUUAACCCCAGAAUCUGCAGCUCUCCGCGUCAUCCGAAACUUGGGGAAUUUAGGGUUAUAUUACACACUAUUUGUAUGGAUCAUACUCUUUAUAACCCUAAUCCCUCAACGCAAGGUUUCUCUGAUUCUUCUGGUUAUCAUGAGCUAUGUGACAACGUUGUACUUGCUACUACUAAGGGCAUACCCUAGUUCUUAUGUCCUUCAUAGAGUUAUAGACAAAAGGUUUGUUUUGUCUCUACUUGCAAUUGCCACAAUGGUUCAACUUAUCGUGACAGGAGCAGGGAUUCAUCUAGGUGUGACUUUAGCAUGUUCUGUGCCUCUUGUUUUGCUUCAUGCAGUUUUAUGGAUUAGUCAUCAUGAGAUUUCUGAGAAUUUCGAUGCUUCUAGUGCGGCAGAACUUGCUCCUCUUGCUGAUAGGGUGUGA